ACGUUAAACAAAGAGAGAGAGAGACAGAGAGAGAGACACAGAGAGAGUUAUUUUAUACAGGAUCUCAGGAGCUGAAGUGUUUUAAGAAGAUACUUCUUUUAACUUUAAACUGGAGCAGAAGGUGAAGAGAAAGAUGAAAAGGCUCUUCCGUGCUGCUGUGGUGCUGAUGCUGGUGCUGAUGCUGGUGUUGGUGUUUUUGGGAACUCUGGUGAAGACAGAAGAUCACUUAUGUCCUGAUGGAUCCAUAAACACACCGUGUGGACAAAAUGAACCUCACAGUCUUUAUCAGGAGGAUGUCCACUCAGUGAAUUAUGAGCAAUUAAAGCAGCUGUUGCCAGCCGGAAAUCUCCAGCUUUUUGAUGUCCGUGAACCAGAUGAGUUUAAAGAAGGCGCCAUUCCAGGAGCAAUUAAUAUUCCAUUGUCUGAAGUGCAGCAAGCAUUCACACUGACCCCAGAUCAGUUCACAAGGCUUUACGGAGUCCUGAUGCCUGAGAAACACUCCUUAGAUGUGAUGCUGUACUGCCAGAGGGGGCGCCGCAGCCUGACUGCACUGCACAUCAUGCACUCACUGGGCUACAGCAGAACCCGUCAUUAUGUUGGAGGUUAUGGCGAGUGGUUUGAACGUGAAGCCCAGUGAGACCUGCAGUCUGUUCUGGGAUCAGCAUAAAGACCUGUGUGUGUAUGUGUGUGUGAGUGUGUGUGUGUUCAUUCAAGUGACAGUGAAAUAUUUAAUAAGUAGUAUUUUUAUAACGGCAGAAUGUAUUGUGAUACCAUGGUGCAAUUUUCUUAAAGACUUCUGAAUGUGAUUAUUUUUGUGCGCCCCUGGCGUGUGGUAUUUCUGACGGUUUGUGAUUAAAGUCCACAGUUUGACUCCUA